AUGGACAUGAAAGAUUCUCAUGAAUUUGCUAAGGUUCCUUCACACAUGCUUAUUGAAGCCACUGGUGAUUCUGAAGAUAAUUGUAAUGAUUCAACAAGGGAUGAAUUUGGUUAUGAAGUUGGAAGUGGUGAUUAUGAUGAUGAUGAUGCUGAAUCUUGUUGCCAUGAUAAUGCUGCUGAAUUCAAGGUAUGUGAGUCUUUGAAUGAUGAUGAAGAUGAAGAAGAAGAAGAAGAAGUGAAAAAAAGUGAUGUUUAUGUUUCUUCAUAUUGUGAAGAUGAUGAUAUUCAAGAACAUAACAAUUACAAGUCCUAUGUUUCCGAUGAUUCUUCUGAUCAUGAGUUUUUAGAUGAGAUGGAAAAGAACAGGCUUUUCUGGGAAGCUUGUUUGGCAUCUUGA